UAUACUCAACCCCCAAUGAGAGUUUAGCCAGCUGUCAGUUCGUAGUGCUGUUUUUACAUUUGUGUUUUCUGUCAGUAUUUAUGAGUUAAGGAGUUUUUAAAUAGAGGAUUUGUUUGUCAAAAUGCCCAAAGGGAGGAAAGGUAGCAACAAGGGUCGUGUGAGGACGUACACCAGCCCCGAAGAGAUAGAUGCCCAGAUGAAGGCAGAGAAAGAGAGGAAAAAGCAAGAGCAGGAAGCAGAAGUGGCGGGAGGUGCAGCUCAGAAUGACAUUGCAGAGGAGAAGCUCCCGGCAUCAGGCUCAGAAGACAGCGACGAUGAAAACUCAGAUAGGAGGAGAGCGGGUGUGCAGGGCUUGAUAGAAAUCGAAAACCCCAACAGAGUGGCUCAGAAGUCCAAGAAGGUGACGCAGAUUGAGCUGGACGAGCACAAGCAGUUAUCGAGGAAAGAGAGGGAGGAGAUAGAGAAGCAGAAAGCGAAGGAGCGCUACAUGAAGAUGCACUUGGCAGGGAAAACAGACCAGGCCAGAGCUGACCUCGCUCGUCUCGCCAUCAUCAAGAAACAGAGAGAAGAUGCGGCAAGAAAGAAAGAACAAGAGAAAAAAGCAAAAGAUGCAGCAGCGUUGGCGGCAAGAGGAACUCCCCCGUCUAGGAAAUGAUGCAGAGAAUUAAUUCGAGGCUUUUUUUUACAUGUUUACGGACUGGCGCAAUAUAUAUAUAUAUAUAUAUAUAUAUAUAUAUAUAUAUAUAUAUAUAUAUCAAUAUUUUUAAAGGAAGAACUAUUGCCUUGACAUUUCUGUUACAAAUGGCCUCACCAAGGGAGAGGGGUUGUGUAUAUUAUGACCUUUUUGAUCCCUCCAGGAAGUAAAGCUACAAUUGAUAAUACAUCGGUCUUCACGUGCACUUUGAAUCAACCCCUUUCUAACCUAUGAUCUUGUACAAUAUAUUAGUAACGGUAAAUUUGCUUUGCAACCAUGUUUUGGGGGGGAUCUUACAUUGUAUAUACCUGACUCAGAGAAAUAUUUCAGAUUAUUAUGAUGGAACCAGUAAAAUGUGUACAUUU